CAUAUUCACUGCUCCUAUAGCCUCACUUAGGUUUCAUGUGGGCCGCCUCCCUGAGGCGCCUUUGCAGCCGGCUGCCGAUCACGCCACUCCCCACGGUGAGGGCGGUGCCAGGCCCCCGGCGUGUGGCUGUCGGGCGGUCGCAACAUUGCAACCGACCCAACACCCCGAUGGACGGCGCAGGCGCCAGGACCUUCAUAACCGCCCGAACCUUCUCGGGGAGUUUCAGGCCACUGCAGGGCUCGCCGCCAGCGCCGGCACAUCAGAAGAUCCAGUGCCGCUCGUACCGGCAGCGACUGGAGAAGCUGAUCCCCCACUUCCGCAACAGGACGAAUGUACUCAAGCAGGAGAUCAAGCAGCGCACCACCAAGGCCAAGAACCAUGCAGAGGUGCUGAAGCGGUUCCGGCUCAGCCGCUUCGGCUGGGAGCGGCGGCGCGCGCGGCUGCGGGAUGGGAAGAGGCGGAGGAGGAAGUGGCAGAACAAGCUGAAUGCCAAGGCGAUAGACUACGUUCAUCGGGCGGACAUGCUGAAGAUGAUCCGCACAGCAGUGUACUUCAAGCUGCGGGUCCGGGACUUCCCGAGGGAUCCCAACCCCAACCUCCGGGAGGCCCGGCAGAUGAUCGGGAGCCACUUCGCGUGACCGGCGCGUGCUGACCGGCGCGCGGACUGGCGCGCGCCUGGCGCGUAGGCGAAGAAAUCCUCGAGUCUCAAGACGGGCGGCCGUUCCCGAAAGCCACUCGUUUUGAUGCCACAUGGCUCCUGGACGCCUCCGAGCUCAGCUCGCAAAGCGCGAGAUAUCGCUUGCCGAUUGGACCGAAAUGGAUGGUCUCUCCUGGGAUUCCGCUUUCCACUUCGAGCUUGUUUCUUUGGGAACUGUUUUGCCCCAUACUCCAGGCUGGGACUCC